GAUACUGGUCAGGAUGGAGUGUCAUCUCCAGCUACCCCGGGCACCAGCAAGUCUAAGCUGGACACCCUGCCAAAAGAGGACCUCAUCAAAUUUGCAAAGAAGCAAAUGAUGAUAAUUCAGAAAGUAAAAUCAAGAUGUACAGAGCUGGACAAAGAAUUAGAAACCUUAAAAUCAAAACCUGUUAAAGAAGAAACAGAUGACAUUGUGCAGGCACUAACUGAACGACUGGAUAUGGUGCUGCUGGAAAAAGCAGAAAGCCAACAACAGCUGAUAUCUCUGAAGAAAGAAUAUGCUAAAACAAAAGAAGAAGCUGAGAGUGCUAUAACAAAAGCAACAGAGGUGCAGCAAAGUAUGGAACAUUCAAAAAAUUCUUUGCUACAAGAAAUUGAAGUAUUAAGAAAUGAUUUGCUGCAAACUCAGAACAAUCAUAAAAUAGAUGUUGAUGCCCUAAAGAAGGAACUUCAGGAUGCACUCAUGAAGCAAAAAGAGCUGACUGAUGGUCUGAGCUUACAGGAAAACAAAGAUGUAGAAUUAAGAAAAUUGGAGGAAGACGUUCAACAUAUCCGUCUGACUUAUGAUGAAAAAAUAGCUAGUUUAGACAAAGCAAUGAAGGGUACAAUAGAGGAGAACAACCAACUAACAGCAAGGCUGAAAGAAGCUCAAGCAACUUCAGAGCAGUAUAGUGGUGAAAAUCACGUUCUCCAUGCAGAGAUACUGAAACUGCAAAGCUUGCAUUGUGAUGAAGUUGCAAAUUUAAUGCGGCAACUUGAAAAAUCCACAAAACAAUGUGAACAGGAGAAAAUAGUACUACAAGACUUGAUUAAGCAGUAUGUGGAGAAAGAGAAGUUGCUACAAGAGGAAAUGAGAGCAGAUAACCAGAAGAAUGCAGAAGAAAUUGAAAUUCUUCAGAAAAAGUUGGAAGAGAACUCCAAUGUACCUGAAAUACAACAUAGCCCAUCUAUAUGCAGUGAUGACAUACAUCGGAUGGAGAGCAUUGUAGCAGAUCUGGAGUCUCAGCAAAGCAUGCUAAAAGAUGAGCUCACCUAUACUAACAAUUUGAAAAUUAGCCAGGAAAGGAAGGUUGAGCAUCUAAAAAGUGAAUAUUUCCAUGAGAGGGAGGAAUUGGAAUUUAAAAUAAAUGAACUUCAGCUUGCCAUUGAAGAUUAUAAUGGUUUAACCGAAAAACUACAGAAUGAGCUCCGGACCAAAAAAAUUGAAUAUGAACAACUUUCCCAACAAAGAACUGAAGAGAUGAAAAAUAUAAGAGAGCAGCACAAGAGGGAAAUGGUAGAAAUGAAAAGGUCAAUAACAUCACGCUUUGAAGAUGAGAGACUAUCAUUCCAGCAUGAAAUACAGCUUCUAAAAGAACAGGUUGGCCAAAUUAACCAGGAAAAAGAGGAAGCUGUGAGCGGUUAUGAAGGCUUACGAGAAACAUUCCUCAGCCUUCAGUCUGAACUUGGAGAGUCGGCUGGUAAGAUCAGCCGGGAAUUUGAAGCAAUGAAGCACCAGCAGGCCACAGAUGUCAAUGAGCUGCAACAGAAACUCAGAUCUGCUUACAAAGACAAGAACAAUGUUCUUGAAACUGUAAAUCAGCUUAAGAGUGAAGUUGAGUUACUUUCAACCAAACAAGGAGAAUGCGAAGAACUUCAGCUUAAGAUAGCUCAACUGCAACAAAUAAAUGAGGAGGUUAUAGCAUCUCUACAGCAGAAAGAACACCUGCUAAAAGAUUUGCAGUCCAAAAUGAAUGAAACCGCAGCAGAAAAUGCAGAGAUAUCUUCUACUUUGAAAGUGUCAAUGAAAGAAAUACAGAAACUGCACGAAAUGUAUAAGAGUGAGCAAGACAAGGUAAAGGUGUUACAGCAAGAAGCAGAAACACAUGCAGCAAACAAUGAGCAACUAAAGCAAACAGUGGAUGAGCUGACACAGAAACUUCAGGAAUCUAUAUUGCCACCUAUUCAGAGUGAAAAUGAAGAUCUUAAGCUGACUCAUUUGCAAAAGAAUAAUGAAGAAAUUGCUGCUUCAUUACAUGAAAAAGAGGGCUUUCUUCAAGAACUUCAGCUGAAAAUGACAGAGAUGGCCACACAAAAUGAUGAAUUAUCAACUAGCAUAGAUAUAUCUAGGAAAGAAAUCCUGGAGUUAAAAGAAAUCUGCAAGAGUGAGGAGACCAAAGCUCUGAAUUUCCAGCAUCAGACUGAAGAACAUGAAAAGCUAAAUGCUCAGCUAAAGCAGUCGGUGGCGGAACGAACACAACAGCUCCAAGAGUUGAUGGGCAGCAGCCUCAGUGAAAUGACAAAUCUCCAGCAACAGGUAGAUUUGCUGAUUACUGACAAAGAGAAGUUGGAAACUGAUGCAAGAAGAUUGCACGAUGAAGCAUCAAGAAUACAAGAAGAAAAGGAGGUUAUAUCAAGAGACUUUGCUAGGCUUGUGUGUGAACAUAGUGGCUGCAUGACUUCCAAAGAUGAGCUAGACAACGUAAGAAUUAAGUUUCAGAUGGCAUCAGAAGGAAAAGAUAAAGUGGCAAUUCUGCUUGAGCAGAAAGAGCGAUAUGUGGAAGAGUUAAAAACUGAGCUCCGUGUUGUUCAGAACUUGUUGGCAGUUGAAUGCUUAGAUCCAGAUAUCAGUAUUGUGCUUCAGGGUAUUAAUAAGGCAGUGCUCCAGUUAAAAGAAGAAAAGCAGGAUGCACUUUUACAGAGAGAGGAGACAUCUGUUCAGCUUAAUCAACUGCAAGGAGAGUUUGAAGCUCAGUGCUCUGAGCUAAGAGCUCUCUUGAGUGACUAUUCCAAGGAAAAGGUACUUCUGAAAAAAGAACUGGAGGAAACGCUCGCAGACAAAGAAGCACUGCAAAGAGAUCUCUUUGAGAUGAAAAAUGCACUUGAAAAAUCAAAACUAGAAAAUCAGGAGUUACUUCUGCGUAUUGAAAGUGUGACUUCAGACAUGAAUUCUCUGAAAGAGAAUGUACAGGAUGAAUUAGGUACGACCGAAAACAAGGAGUCAGCUGUCAGUACACAAGAAGUGAAUUGUGUCCAGGAAAUUCUUUUAAAAUCAGAAGCAAUGAAACUUGAACAUGAAACACUUGUAUCAGACCUGCAAAAGAAAAUAGAAAAUCUAGGGAAAGAAUGCAAAGAGAGAGAAGAAAAAUGUAAUAAAAUUAAAGCUGUUGCUAUCAAAGCUAAGAAAGAGCUAGAUGCCAAUAAAAAGGAGGUUCAGGCAAUAAGAAAAGAAUUAGAGCGGGUAAAAGCAGAAAAGGACCAGAUGACAUAUUCAGUGAAGGACCUUGUUCAAGGGGCAGAAAGCUACCAGAAUCUCGCGAUAGAGUACGAUAAACAAAUGGAACUGCUGGAAAAUGAGAAGGAGCGUGCCACCUCUACAGAACAUCAACUGGAAGAGCUUUCACGGCAGUUACGUGCUGCUCUUCUGGAGCAUGAGAAGAUAAAUUCUGUCAAUGAAGACCUGAUGACCCGCAUGGAAACAAUGAAGUCCAACGUCAAGUUACUGGAAACUCAGUUACUUGAACUGCAGAAAGCUAAAGCUGCACUAGAUAAAGACUUGGAAGCUGAAAAACUGAUAAAGGAGCAAAAAAUUAAGGAUCACAACAAUGCUCUUAAGCAGAUCGAAGAACUUCAACAGCGGCUUCAGAAAGAGAAAAAGCAGCUACAGAAAACUGCACAAGAGCUUGAACUUGUUAGAAAGGAUGCUCAGAAGAGCACAUUGAUGGAUAUGGAGAUGGCUGAUUAUGAACGUUUGGUGAAAGAGCUCAACCAAAAAGUCACCCAUAAAAGCAGUCAGCUGGAGGACCUGAAAGAGGAUUUAAAGCUGUAUUUGAUUGCAUUUCAACUCUAUUUCUGUGAUUUAGCAACACUGCAAACAACAAUAGAGCAGCAUGAGGAACGCAGCACUAAGAUGAAGCAGCUGCUAGUUAAAACCAAAAAGGAACUGGCUGAUUCCAAACAGGCGGAAUCUGAUCAGUUAAUAAUCCAGGCCUCACUAAAGGGGGAAUUAGAGGCAAGUCAGCAGUAUGUGGAAGCCUAUAAGAUUCAGGUUGCUGAGCUAACAUCUGAAAAGCACAAAGUACAAGAGCAGCUCAGGUCAUUGACAGAACAGCAUCAUCGAGUGGGAAACUCGUACCAACAAAAACUGCUUGCCCUUCAGGAAGAGUGCACUGCGGCAAAGGCAGAGCAAGCUACAGUUACUGCUGAAUUUGAAAGCUACAAAGUUCGUGUUCAUAACGUGUUAAAGCAACAGAAAAAUAAGUCUGCAUCUCAAGCAGAACAUGAGGCCUUCAAGCAGGAAAGGGAGCACCUACAAACAAUGUUGGAUCAAGUAAAAAAUAAACUACAGGAAGCUCAGCACAGUCUUCAGAUGAACACAGCGGAGCUGCAGGCUUUGCAGUCUGAACAUGACAUGUUAUUGGAAAGGCAUAAUAAAAUGCUGCAAGAAACGGUGACCAAAGAAGCUGAACUGAGAGAAAAGUUGUGUACAGUGCAGUCAGAAAACAUGGUGCUGAAGACUGAGCAUGCCCAGGAAGUGAGUCAGCUGAGUGCUCAAAAUGAAGCACAACGCAACAACUUCAGGGACCAAGUGAGGCGUUUCCAAGAUGAUCACAGGAAGACUGUAGAGACUCUGCAGCAGGAGCUGUCCAAAGUAGAAGCCCAGCUCUUCCAAGUUAAGAGUGAAGUUACUCUAACAAGUCAACAGCAGCCUGUGAAAAGCUUAAGAGAAAGAAGACCAACUGACCUUCCAGUGUUGGAUUUGUAUUCUGUUGCCAGAGAAGAAGGCGAAGGAAUGGAAACCACAGACACUGAUUCUGUGUCCUCUGCAAACACUCACAUAGCUAGUCUAGAGCAGCUACUUAGCUCAUCUGAUUUAAAAACAGAGCCACCCCAAUGGCAACCUGAAAUUUCCAGGGAAGAACUAACUGAGAAGCUCAACACAGCAUCAAAGAGUGUGGAUCAUCUGAGUGGUUUGCUGCAUGAAACAGAAGCAACAAAUGCUAUGCUUAUGGAACAGAUAACACUUCUCAAGAAUGAAAUUCGACGUCUGGAAAGGAAUCAGGAAAGAGAAAAAUCAGUGGCAAAUUUAGAAUACCUGAAAAAUGUCUUGCUGCAAUUCAUUUUCCUCAAGGCUGGCAGUGAAAGGCAACGUCUCCUUCCUGUCAUAGACACUAUGCUGCAGCUUAGUCCAGAUGAGAAAGGAAAGCUGUAUGCCAUAGCUCAAGGUGAGGAAGAGUCUGCGGCUCAGCCAGCCGGAUGGGCUUCCUAUCUCCACAGCUGGUCAGGGCUCCGGUAGUUCCCAGGAGAAAGAUAUUUGUACAAAAACAUUCCAGAUUUGCACUAUAACAUUGUAAUGAUUUUGUAUGGUUUACUGAAUUGUUGUUAAAACUGGAAACUCCCAGGUGUCUUUCCAAACUGAGGAAUCAAAGAGUGCCUAUUUAAAAGUGAAUAAUAAAUUAUAAGUACCUCUGCAAAGUUAUUUUAUUACAAUAGCAUACUGUGAGCUUUCCAUUUGGUUAGUUAUUGUUGCCUAUUUUUUUUCAUCACCAAUUCGUACAUUGCUUUUCAAGAAAAGUUUUCGUUUAAAAUUUGCACAUUGCUGCAGCAUGUAUGAAGGUGGCAUGGCCAU